AUGGUUGUUCUAGCCAAGACAGUCUUAUUUUUCCAACUAUGUGUUAUUUUUGCUCUCACCGCUGUUUCACUGGCUUCUCCAGAAGAUCUAGAAUGUGGGCUGAACUUCACUUCAUCUCCAUACAAACCAAGCGGCGAAUGCCUUGCAGCUGAUCAUGACGAGACCAUCCAUAUAUGGGACAGUUUCCCCAGCACAAGAUGCUGCCAAAAUGCCCUCAACUUCUUCUCACACGCAUUGGCCAAACACGCAAUUACUCAGCCCCAAGGAAGACUCUUCCUCCCGGGAGUUCAAUGGGCACACUGCGCGUCAGGGCCCUUUAAGCACCAGCCCUCCGUUUCCAUCGAUAAAUGUGGACUUGCUUCCCUCUAUCAAGGAAGCACCCAUUGUUCUAGCCUUUCUUUGACAAAUAUUACACAGGAAUAUCAGAAUUUUAAGGAUGUCAGUGACAAGUGUACUUCAGGUUUUAGUUCCACGUUCGAUGAUGCUUGCAGGGAUUGUACGAGUGCAAUUAAAUCUGCAAGAGAUCAUUUCCUGGAUCAGUUUUAUGCCAAAGAUAAUGAAACUGAGAGAGCUACUUGUGUUGUGGCUGUUGUUAUAUCAGUUGCAACCACUAAACUAAAUGAUCCCUCUUCAAUGGAUGAUUUCUUCAGCUGCUUGCCAGCAUUAAAUACUUUUGGUGAGUCCGUCCAGGAAGUGAGAUUAGUAAUUUCUAAAAUUAGCAAGCAUUGAUCUCCUUAUUUUAUCUUCUACUCCAUCUGUCCAUUUUUACUUGUCCACUAUACUAAAAAUAUAUGUCCACUUUAACUUGUCCAGUUUAGAAGACCAAGAGAUCAUUUAUCAUUUUAUACCUAUUUCACUCUUAUUAUGAAGUAGUACUAACCAUUUCCAAGUCAUUUCCCAACAUUUACAUGACCCAUAAUAAUUAGGGGUGAUAUUAUAAAAUUACCAUUUUAUUUAUUG